AAUAGCGCGUGUUCUGCGUUGUUGUUGCGUGAUAAAAUUGAUUAUUAAAUCAAUUUUAUCACGCUUUCUACAUUUAUUUCGGUGUGGAUCCCGACGAAGGUUGUAUGUGGUUUCUGCAUAGUAUCAACACCAGUAGCUUUUAUUGGUGGCUUUGUGGCUUGCACUGUACAAGAGCAGCACUGCCAGCAAAAUCUUAAAGAGAAAAUCGAGUUGGUUUAAAGGCGACUGACUCUGAGGUGUGGCUCGUGUGAGGCCGGACUGCGGGUCGGGUGGGCGACUGUCCGCUGAGGUGCGGCAGGCCGCGCUCCGGCCGGCCGGACUGCCAGUAUCCUGCGCUGCCGGUGGUGCCAGGUUGAAGCAGUAUGAGUGAGGGACGGUUCUACACCAACAGCUCUGGAGUGGCAGCACCAGGCGCUGUGAACGCUGCCAAAAUGGACUCCCUGCAGGCGAUGGACCGACGGAAAGUGGAACUACUCGAGGCGCGCUUUGCCGGAAACCGGGUGGGUUUACAACCGGCUGCAGCGUCCAUCGGGCCUUUCAGUAAUGUUCAGGGAAACGACGGAUCCAAUCUGAGCACAGGCUCCGUCAGUGACCGGGAAGAGGUGACCUCUCCGGACAAAAUUCAGCCAUCCGUGGCCACAGCCGCCCCCCAGGCGCGCACCCCCACUGAACGGAGGCGGAAACGUAAGGGCGCAGCUGCCGACGACGCUGCGGCCAGCGGACCCAAGCGCGCCGAAAGCAAAGCCAACAAGCUGAUCAACGACUAUUUCCGCGGCUCGCCGGCCGUUCCGGUGCGUAGCGCGACGGCGCCGCCCCCGCCGCCGCCCCCGCCCCCGCCGCUGGCGCCGCCCAGGCACCGCCUGAUUGCGUACCCGACCAGCCCGCACUGCCAGCUGCCUCCCUGUCUGCCGGGCGGCGCGUCAGCACCGUUCGCGCGACCCGGCCUGCCGCAGCCGCCGCCCGGGGUGCCGGGCGCGCCGCCGCCCCCGCCCCCGCCCUCAGCGCUGGCUGGGCCCGGGGCGGCCGUGGCGGCAGCGGCGGCGGCGGCAGCGGCCGCCGUCAACUCCAAGCUAGUACAAACGACAAUGACGGGAGUGGACUUUCGUGAACUGGAGAACCAGGCGGCAUCCAAUGAUGAGGCGCGCAGGGAUAAGAUAGAGGAGCUCGGUCGGACCAAUGAGGAGUUGCGACGACAGCUAGCCGCCCAGCAGAAGCUCGCCGAGACCCACAAAUCCAACCUAGACCGGUGUGUGGACAUGGUGAAGAAGCUGCUGAUCGAGAAGAGCAAGAUCGAGAAGAAGGAGUGCAGGGCCAAGUGCAUGCAGAACCGGCUGCGGCUGGGGCAGUUUGUGACACAACGGGUCGGCGCCAGCUUCCAGGAGAACUGGACCGACGGAUAUGCAUUCCAGGAGCUCACCAAACGUAUGGAGGAUCUGGCCGCCUCCCGAGAGGAGCUUGACCGGCAGAAGAAGCUGCUCGCCAAGCGGAAACCGACCAGCGCCGAGAGCUCGCGGAAACGAGCCGGCUCGGCGCCCCAGGCAGUGCAGCAGAACGGUGGCGAGUUCGUGCGGCCAGAGGACCCCGGCCGGCUCAGCGGCCAGGAGUACUACGAGGCAGAUGAGAUCAUCAAGCUUCGUCAGGCGUCACUAAAGAAGGAGGACACGGACCUAACGCUGGAGAUGGAGAAGCUGGAGCGGGAGCGGAACCUGCACAUCCGCGAGCUGAAGCGUAUCCACAACGAGGAUCAAUCGCGCUUCAACAACCACGUGGUCCUGCACGACCGCUACCUGUUCAUCCAGCUGCUGGGCAAGGGAGGCUUCUCCGAGGUGCACAAGGCGUUCGAUCUGAAGAAGCAGCGCUACGUGGCGUGUAAAGUCCACCAGCUGAACAAGGACUGGAAGGACGACAAGAAGGCCAACUACAUCAAGCACGCGCUGCGCGAGUACAACAUCCACCGGACGCUGAACCACCCGCGAGUCGUCGAGCACUACGACGCGUUCGAGAUCGACUCCAACUCGUUCUGCACAGUGAUGGAGUAUUGUUCAGGACACGACCUGGACUUCUAUCUGAAGCAGCACAAGGUGAUCGGGGAGCGCGAGGCCCGCUCUAUCAUAAUGCAGGUGGUGUCUGCGCUCAAAUACCUCAACAGCAUCCACCCGCCGGUCAUACACUACGACCUGAAGCCAGGGAACAUUCUGCUGGUGGACGGCGAUGUGCUGGGCGAGGUGAAGAUCACCGACUUUGGUCUGAGUAAGGUGAUGGACGACGACAACUACAACCCCGAGCACGGCAUGGACCUGACCUCGCAGGGAGCCGGCACCUACUGGUACCUGCCUCCGGAGUGUUUCGUGGUCGGCAAGAACCCGCCGAAGAUCUCCAGCAAGGUGGAUGUCUGGAGCGUCGGCAUCAUCUUCUACCAGUGUCUGUACGGCAAGAAGCCGUUCGGACACAACCAGUCUCAGGCUACUAUUCUGGAGGAGAACAUUAUCCUGAAGGCCAAGGAUGUUCACUUCCCCAACAAGCCCACCGUCAACUCGGAGGCAAAGGCGUUCAUCCGCUGCUGUCUGCAGUACCGCAAGGAGGACAGGUACGACGUGCGAUCCCUGGCCGAGCACCCCUACCUGCAGCCGGCCUCCGGCAAACGGCAGUCGUCGGCCGGCGGACAGGCGGCCGCCGCAGCCGCCGCCGCCGCCGCGUCCGCCGCCUCGGUGGCGGCCGCCACCAGCCACUCUGCCGCCUCGCACGCGCCCAGUGUGGCCAGCACGGCCGGUAAUUCCAACAACUCUGGCGGCGCCGGCGUGGUGAGCACCUCGUCCAAUUCGUAGCGUCGGCGCCGCCCCCCGUGCGCCGUCGUUUGUGCUGUGACUUCAGUGUGAUACGAUCGCUCGCCGCCGCGCCGCGCCGCCGCCGCAGCCGCAGCAGAGGGAGCAGCAGCGCCCGCUGCCGCCGAACCAUUGCCGUCGGCACGCCGCCUAACUUACUCAUUAUUUAACAUGUGCACGCGCGACGUGCGUGUGCGCGUGCGCGCGCGAUGUGCGUGUGCGUGCGUGCGCUGUGCGUGCGCCGCAAGCGGUCGGACAGCCCGGAUGCAAUGUACAGCCGUGCCCGCGCCCGGCGGGCCCGACCUUGUUGUGUUUCAGUCAAAUAUAUCAAAAUUGUUUGUUGGAGUCGUUUGUUUUCGGGUGCCGCGGACCGCCGCGCCGGCGCAGAGACGUUCGGGUGUGCCGAGAGCCGAGCGGGCGUGUCGCGAUGUCGUGUUCGGGUGAGACGUCGUACUGCGGUUUUAUGAGGAAUGGGUGCACUUGUGAACGUGGUGUGAUGAUGAUUUCUGAUGUUCCCGAAGGCGAAAUGAGCCUGGAUGCCAAAUAAAGAGGCUCAGUGGAUCUCUGGGCUGUGCGCUGA